UGACGUCGUCGCUAGAUGGUGUCGCGCACGCGAAAAAAAAAUGAGAAAAGUAGCGGGUGGCGCAGUGUUUCAAAAUGUCGUCCCACCGCAACGUCUGCGUUGGUUCUCGGGUGUCGGAUCGUCAAAGGGAGCUUUUGCUGGCUUUUGUGAAAGAGCACCCACAGACCACGACGCUGUCGUGCCCGCUGGAGCCGUCGUUCACGAUGAAGGACCGGGACGACAUGUGGCAGGAGCUAGUAGCGCUUUUGAACGAAGUCCCUGCGCGUAACACUGCAGCCCAGUGGCGGGCCCGAUGGAGGAAUGAGCGCUACUAUUCGCAGCAAGGUCUUGCCAAACUCCGAGAGCAGCAGAGCGGCACCGGAGGUGGCCAGAUUUCGGGUUACCGCGGCCGCGUCGUGCUUGACAGGGACAGCGCGGGUCGACAGUGCGCGAGGCCCAGAGUUCGGGUGGUCUGAAUCAAUGGUUCCCCCAGAUCAAAGCCUGCAAGCAUGUGCACUAUCAGGGGACUUCCGUCGCCUGCACCGCCAAGGUUCUUGGUCGGGAACAACUUCCGCGGCGUGCAGGUGAACCUGCAC